AGGUUUCAUGAACCACAGAAACCCCACAUGUUAAAAGUACAAAGACUUUACGGCACAUUUUAAAUAUAAAAACCUCAUGAAAUAGUGUCGGGGUUUUGAGAAAGUUUGAAUGUUCCUGUCGAAUCAGACGUCCUCUGUUUUCAGCGUGCAACGUGACUUUCAAAGUAUAGACCAACUCGCUUUAUUUGUACGAACAUAUGUGUGUGAUAUGUACAUUCUCAGCUAAUGGAAACACACGGCUCGGUCAGAUGUGUGUGUGUGUGUCGGCCCGUCGGUGGGAGUGAGCCAGAGAAAAAAAAAAGAAAAAAAACAUCCAACAUAUAUAAGGGGCCCAGAUGCGGCGGCGCUUUAAGUACCAGAGUGUCUGUUUGACUUCAGGACCGUCACUUCUCUGCACCAUGCUGCUCCCAGUCCUGCUGCAGGCGUCGCUGCUCCUCUGCWUCACUCAGCAAACUCUGCAGGGCGGGGUUGCUCCUCAAAAUGUGGCGUACGGGAGAGCACUGCCACUUCGAGGCGUUGGUGUCGGAGUAAAACCUGGAGUUACUGGAGCCCUUGGAGCCCUGGGCAGCAGAUUUAACACAAAAGCCCUGAAAACUGGAAAUGGACGUUAUCCUGCAGCUCACCUGGGUGUUGGAGGCUACAGAUCUCUCGGUCUGGGGUCCAGAGGAGGUCUGAAGCAGGGUGGAUACGGAGCUCAGGGAGCCUACGGUGCCAGUCUGGGCACAGGAAUGGGACUGGGGCCAGGACUUACAAAUGGACUGGGCCUGGGCCAGGCGGGGAAACGUGUUUACGGCGCUGGUCUUGGUGCUCUUCCAGGUUACGGGAGUUUCGCGGGCGUCGGGUAUCCUGCAGUCCGACCAGGUGCGUCGUCUGAGGCAGAUCUUGGCGGACCCGAGGUGGCCGGUCCGGGCCAAGCUCUUCAAGAUCUUAAAAGAAAAAAGAGCAGAGCUGAAAGCCACGGGUACGGAACACACGAUGGGACGAUUGGAGCUGAAAUGCCCAUCGAGAGGAGGACCAGUGUUCCUCAAAUACACGCAAGGAUCGAGGUCAGAAACCUUAAUCCAGUCAUUCGACCAUCGAGUCUUAGACCCACAAUGCCUCUUGAUAAGCAGGAUAAACUUCUUGGUGCUGGUGUUCCACAAACACACGGGGGAAGACCCGAAGCCGGCGAUGGAAGACAACUUUACGGUCCCAGAGACCCGUUCAUUCCAGAAAAACCAAAAGCUAAAGACUGGGAAUCUCUUGAGUCAGAGGUGUUGGACAUGAGUCGAUUUGGACCUUUGGGAUCAGAAACUCGCAGAACUCAAGGGUUGGUACCACAGCUCCAUACAGGCAAAGCAGGCAAAUACUUUGGACGCAUUAAUCCACCGCCACAAGAGAGAACCUAUCCUCCUCCACAAGAUCCCAGGCAUCAUUUAUUCUCCACCUCACAGCAGCAAAAAACCAAAGAUCCUUUAUUUGUCCAAGCAAACGGGCAGGACGGAGGAGGAACUGGAACCAGAGAUAAAAUCAGACCCAAAAUCAGAGACCAAUACUUUGACCCGUUGAACCCCGGUGCAAGUACAACCCAACGUUCGGGCCCUGAAGAACAGGAAUUUACUGAUGCAACAGAUUUUUCUCGAGCUGAACCGAAAAGAGAAUCAAAUCCUCUUCAUGUGCCGAGAAGGGCUGGAGGGCAAACACAGGCAGCAAGUUAUAUCGGCGGGGCAGGAAACUACCAGGGCGCCAGCCUUGGAGCUGGAGGCUACGGGGCAGGUCUUGGACAGGGAGCCUACCUGGGAGGUGUAGCAGGAAAACUCGGUGCUGCUGCUGCCCUCGGACAGGGUGGGUAUCCCCAGGCUGUUCCAGAGAAAUCACUAGGUUAUGGUGAUGGAGCCACAGGAUACCUUGGUGCCAUGGCAGGUAACGGCUUUGGUGCAGAUGCAGGUGCAAAAACUUUGUCUGAAGGUUACGGGAAUGGGUACCAUGAUGGAUACGGAGCUGCUCUGAGCACAGGAGGCUAUGCAGGACCGGUCCAGGGGGCGUACGGACUGGACUCAACUGGUGGCAAAUAUGGAGCUGGAGCUGCACAGGUGCCAUACGGGAACGCUCCGGUGAUGCCUGCAGGAUUGGAAGGUAACGGAGGCUACCCGUAUUCUACCCAGCAACUCAGCCUCGGUGCUGAAGGAGGCAAAAGCGCCAGUAAAUACGGAGCUGCUGCAGGAUAUGGAACUCGGCAAACAGGAUUUGGUGUGCAGCUUGGAGCGACUCAGGAUGCCCUGGGCGAGCAGACUGGGAAAUAUGAUGGCGUGAAUGCUGCCCUCGGAAACGGGUUCAAAGGUUAAUCAGGGUGAYGUGGACCUUUUUGGGUGGAUCGUCUCCUGUUAUAUUUGCAGUGUAAAUCAUUUUACCUGCUUGUUUUUCAGUGUGUUUUAUGCUUUUGUUGUGUUUGUAUUUUUUUAAACACCUGUAUUUCUCACAAAACGAGUUGAAACUGGAGACUAGCAUUGAACAGAAAAUAAACGUGUUGUCAGUUUUAAACCAAUAAAUUAUCAUGUCCUGUGAUGUUCAAUAAAAGCUUCUGAGUCAAAA